AUGGGCCUCCAUGGGUGCCACCUACACAAGGGCAACCCUCACCAACACCUCACAGAGACGUCCAACCAGUGUGAGCAUGCCCUUCCCCUACCCGGCAAGGAUAGCUGCUAUUCAGGCGCUGCAUCCAGGAAAGCCGCUAUCCUGGCCUGCGACUGCAGGCGGUACAUCCUGAAUAGCAGCUAUCCUGGGCCGCGCACCUCAACCCGAAAACGCCUAAGUGCCCAGGCUGCUGGGGCAGGCACAAUAGCGGCUAUUCAUACCACCGACAGGCGGCCAGAUAGCUGCUAUUUGACCAGGUGGUUAAUACAGAAAAGCAGCUAUCCUGGAUCGCGCAUAAAUAGCAGCUAUUCACACCACCGAGAGGAGGCCUGGAUAGCUGCUAUUGAUGCCGCCCUGGCAGCCCGAAAUCCACCAAGUCCGAUGAGGGGCCUCCCCUUGUGCGACUUCCCACGAGGUGCCUCGCGAGGCCGGAGCCGUUUCAAGAGCAGUCAGAGGACCCACCUCGACUUCGCCGACGGUCGGCGUCACGGCUCCUCCUCUGAGCUGGGCGUCCGGGCCCGCUUCCAGCCCCGGUUCCUGCAAAAGCAGCUAUUCAGCUCGUGCGGUUCCCAGGCGGGGGGCAGAAUAGCAGCUAUCUGGUCGCGUCUGGUCAAAUAA